UUUUAUUUUCACGUGUUGAUUUCAAACUCAGAGAAUGAUUUUUCCGUGUUAUUAAUUUAAAAAAAAGCUUUUAAUUUAUCAAAAACUAGUCACCGCCAUGAGGGCUGAAGCUUGUAAAGUGUGUGGUAGCACUGAAACCAAUCUUAUUGAUGGAUAUUACUACUGUGUGGAGUGCGGCACCCAAGAUGCCAAUGUUCGGGAGACAGUGGUGGAGGAAAUGGAGCUGGCUGACGGCACGAUAUCCCACAAACAAAAGAGGAAGAUUUAUAAAGUGGCGGACAACGAUGAUAAUUUAAGUGAAGAAUGGCACAAAUGGCAUGCAUAUAAUUUCAUCCUGGUGGGUCUGGCAGACGAAAUAAUAGCUCUUGGUGCGAAGCCCUCUUUCAAGAAGAAACUGAUUUGGCUCUGGACACAGUAUAUCAAGAAAUUCCAGGACAAAAGGCAGUUGGGGCUAAAUGCAGAAAAUGAUGAAAAUCAAGAUACAACUAACAACAACUUUGAUGACAGCGACAGUGAUGAAGAAGAAGGCUUCUACAAUCAAGAAUUUCUAAAAAAGAAACCGAAGAAAUACAAAAAACACUUAAAAAUGAACACAAAGAUAGACCUUAGUGUGGUUAAACGAGGACUGUUUUUCAGCUUAAUUUAUGUAGCUCUCAAUUUAAAUUGCGACAAUAUUCACAUGUCAGACCUAAUGAGGUUUGUGAGAGAAGGUAGGUUCGAUAUUUACAACUGCGAGAAAUAUGUCCCCAAAGAAAUAAAGAUAAAAGAAAUCCAUCAAUGGGCUAAGUUUUACCGAAGUAAAGUUAAUAGCAAGGACCAGGAAGUUUAUGCGAUGACGUUGUUUAAAUUCUUUAAAAUUCGACCUUUAGUACCUGACUUGAAGCUUUUAGUUCAUAGAUACGCGAAAGAGCUAUGUUUGCCUGAUGAUUUUAAAAAUCUAGUCUUUUCUCUGAUGAAUAAUGUAACAUGUGAUUAUCUGAAACUUGAUUUAGAGGUGAUGAAAAGGGUGGGUCGUAUACCAUUUUAUGAAUGCAUUGUAAUGGCGUACUUUCUAGUUGCGUUUAAAAUGAUGUUUGGUUUGGACGACGAUUACGAAAUCAGACUCUCUGACGCUGUUGAUAAGGCCAACGAAGAAAACUGUUAUUUGAAGUCUUAUAAGCUUGGUGGCUAUUCUUCGACAACAGACAGGCUAUUCUCAUUUCGAGAAUGGUGUAGCUUUAUACAGCUGAGGAAAAUAGUGCUCUGCAAAAACUAUUUGCACAUGGCUGAGCAUUUCCAACUGCCGAUCGACCACUAUGUGUACAUGGAACAAUGUACCGAGAGAAAAACGUUGCGAAAACCAACUGUAGGUGAUGAAAUUACUAUGAAUCUGCUUGAAAAAAUACCACUCACAAGUCAAGUUGAGGUCAUACCUCUCAAAGAGUUUAAACCUUCGAUGACCCCUUUAGCAAGUGCAAGUGACACGAUUAGGCAAUAUUUCGAUGAUCCUGAUCUCAAAUUGAUGUUUUGUGAAGAUUUCACGCAAUAUUCUCUAAAAUAUGCCACCGAAAAGCUUUAUCUUAAAGAAAGUGAAGAUAAUCCAGAAAAUGUUGUAGUGGGAGUGUCUGAAACAAACAAAAUUAUAAAUAAUUACAUCAUUGGUUAUUUGGACACAGGAAAAAUUGAUGUGCAGUUGGUUUAUGUUAGGAAUUGUGAUAACAAAAACUGGCUGAAAACUAAUCAGCCAUCAGUAGACCACAUAGUGAAGGUUGAACCUAAGACGGAGAAAGAUAUUGACCAUGGUUACGAUUCUAAUGCUGAUAACAAUGUAGUAGUUAGCAGCAAUGAAGCUACAAAUAACACAGAAGCGGCAAAUGACGAUAAAUCGGACGCAUCCAGAAAUGUUUCUCAUGUUGAAGAUGCUUCUGUUGUAGAAAUCACAAACAGAGAUAAUACAAAUGCUACUAACACAGAAGAGCCUCUUUCUGAUAUCGAAAAUGCGUCUACUGUAGACAUUUGCAGCAAAGAUGAUACAAGCAGUAGUGAUAUCACAGAAACUCCUACUGAAGAUAAAGUUUUAGAAAUUAAAAAAGAUCUAGAGACUAUUCAAGAGGAAGAAUACGGUACGAACAUAUUCGACGACGAUUUCGCCGACUUAAUAAAAGAAGAGAUCAAAGAGGAACCACCGCCAGAACCAGAGCAGGUUGAUACAGAACAAAACUUUGACGACCAUCAAGAGUUACCAGCCACUGACAAUCAUGAUGACACCCAAAGCGACGUAUCACUAAACGACUUAGACCGUUUCUUUAAUCCCGCCACUUUUGACAGAGAAAAAACAAUUCGAGAGCUAAUUCUCGCCACAUGCAAGAAAUACAGAAUUUCAAUACCAGAUGAAUACAGUACUAAAGAACCUAAAAAACGAAAAUCCAAACUUAUAGAAGACGGAGCAGGCGAAAGCAGUGCUAAAAAGAGAAAACUUAAUGACGGAGCGCCAAAAAGAAAGAUUACAAAACCUGGAAUAGUACAAAAAGAGGUUAAUAACUUACUUGUGUCUUACUAUGAAAAUUUAAAGCAUGAUGUGCUCUUCCAAAUAUCUGAACACGUGAAAUCGGUUGUGAAUAAUAUUAGUAGAACACAAGAUGUAGACGAUUCACAAAAUCAAGAAGAAGCAACCCAUUUAGAUAGCAGUGCAAGAGAGGAUAAUGAUUCAAACCCUAUUACUGAUCCACCAGAUCUCAAUGCUGAUGAUAACCACCAUUCUGAAGAUCUGCAAGAGAAUAUUGAAAUAGACAGUUCUAACGUGGAGCCAAUUGAAAACGAUGAAGUAGAUAGACAGCCGAAAGGCGAUCCAAGGUUCGAUGAAAAGGAGUACGACCCAAAACAGCUGUAUGUGAGAAUUGAGGAUGAGGGGAGUGACGCAGAAGACGUUUACGAUGUAGCCGAUGAUCCGGAAAUCGCUGAAAUAUUGGAUAGAAAGAUAGAAGAGAUUGUAAAAGGUGAAAAAGUGCCGGCGGCUAGCCAACCCAAAAAGCCAGCAGACUACGAUUCCGAAGAAGACCUGCCUCUUAGCGUUUUGAAGGAACAGAGAGAAUCGAUCCUGCGGAAAAAGCACCAAAAAGAUAAUUUACCGCCUCUAGUCACUAAAUUACCUGAAAAAGAAUAUUUUUAUUGGAAUAGACAGUACGAUUCGCUUAAAAUGAGGAAGGAAAAGGAAUCGUGCGAGCCAUUCGGUGUUGAAUUGAACGAUAAUUACUCAAAAAGUUUUGGAUUUGUCCUCAGAGAGUGUGCUGAUGUGAUAGGGUACACGCCUUUUAGACUAUACAAGGAACUUAUCAGUUUAGAGAGAAGACUGCUAUGCGUGGGCAAUCUAAACCAUUGAUUAAGUAAACAUUUGAUUUAUGAUUGAAAUUAUGUAUGCUGUGAUUAUUUAUAUACCCCCUUACUAAUAAAACUUACACGCUCGUUGAACAGUGUUUUAAAGUGACGUUUAGUAUGGAAAUGUCAUUUUAAAACAGUGUUCAACAACUGUGUAACUUUUUAUUAGUAAGGGGGAU